AUGGGGCUGAAAAGUGCUUGGUUGUUGGUGGUGUUUUUGUUCCUUGGGGUUGCUGUGGCAGAGAAUGUGGAUAAAUUGAAUAUCUGGCCAAUGCCUAAGUGGGUAAGUAAAGGGCACAAGAGGGUUUACCUGAGUCCAGAUUUUGAGCUAGAUACUGAUGGGAGUAAGUACAGUGAUGGUUCUGGGAUUUUGAAGGAUGGCUUUACAAGAAUGCUUGAUGUAGUGAAAGUUGCUCAUGUUGUUGAUGGUAAUCUUUCUAGUGUAGACAAGUCUUUCAUUAUUAAAGGAAUUCAUGUGGUUAUUUUCUCACCAGGUGACCAGUUACAAUAUGGUGUUGACGAGUCAUACAAAUUGCUGGUUCCUUCACCGGAGAUGCCAGAUCACGUACAUCUUGAGGCACAGACUGUUUAUGGGGCAUUACACGGCCUUCAGACGUUCAGCCAAUUAUGUCAUUUUAACUUGAGAACUAAAGUGAUUGAAGUUCCCAUGGUCCCAUGGACUAUCAUUGAUCAACCAAGAUUCUCUUAUCGAGGGCUCUUGAUUGCUAGUGGUAACAACUCAGAUAGCUGUAGUAUCAACAAAACUUGGAGGUGGGAUGUAGAUUUUCCUUGUAGAAGGUGUUAUAAGGUUGACAAAAAACUAUUGAAAUGCAAAACCCCAGUUAUUGGCCUUUAUGAGUUUACUCUGCUGCAUAUGCAGAAUGUCUUGCACUGGCACAUUGUAGAUACACAAUCUUUCCCUUUGGAGAUGCCUUCAUAUCCAAAGCUGUGGGAUGGGGCUUACUCAGUUUCAGAGCGAUACACCUUUUCUGAUGCUGCUGAAAUUGUGAGGCAAGUUGCUGGACAAUAA